GCCGCUCCCCCAAAGCCCACACUCUCCCAGGACAACCUCUUUCACCCCUUGUCCCAGUCGCCCUUCCCCGAGAUGCGCGCAAAGGGCGACCGCAUCCGCCAACUCGCCUACUGCCCCGUCUCGCAAGACCUGCACGGCGAGAAGGUCCACGUCGCGUUCGAGUGCCCCGACUGCGGCUUUCCGACCCACGCCUCGGAGCAGCGCUGGAGGGAGGACCCCAACCACGGCCGCUACUGGCCCCGUCUCCGCGAGGCCAACGAGGACGAGCACGACCUGCGCAGCGGCCGCGAGUUGACAGAGUUCCGCCUUCCAGGCGAGCAGCCGUACGAGGAGGCCGUCUCGUUCGGCAACUGGGACGUCUUCCUGUACACGCGCGGCUUCCCCUCGAUCGAGACGGAGCGCGCACGGCGACACGUCUCCAAGCUCUUGACGUACCCGAUCACGAUCGGCUCGGUCCUCCACGAGAACUCGCCCUACACGCUCCGCAACCAGCGCCUCCUCCCCGAGGGCUUGCGCUCCCUCAUGGCCCUGCGCCGCACGCUCCACCCGCCCGAGAAGGAGGGCGCCGCCAAAGCCGGUCUCCCGCCCGCGCCGCUGCGCAUCUUUGUCCUCGGCGCACGCGCCGAGUCGAGCCUGCCGUCGCACGUCCUCGCCCAGCUGUCGCACCUGUUCCCCUCGAUCCCGCUCCACCUCGUCUUCAUCGGGCCCGAGGCCUACAUCCCCGCACCGGCACCCACCCGCUCGACCUUCUCGUCCUCGCCUUCCCCGUCCUCGUCGGCCGACGACUCGGCAGCGGCGGCGGCGGCGUCGUCGUCGGUGUACGGCGUCCCGUCGCACACGCGCAUCGAGCACGACGGCCGCCUCACGGUCACGUCGCUGCGGUGCAACUACUCGGACGUGCACGACGUCCUCGGCCCGUUCGACCCGUACCAGGACGUGUUUUUCGCCUUCAGCCCCGGGUUCGGGUUCCCGGACGAGCUCGACCCGACCAAGACGCAGCUCGAGACCAACUGGAGCGCCGCCGUAAAGAGCCUCCUCGAGACCAAGUGCGCCCUGUUCUGCACCGGCUUCUCGCCCGCCGACAUUGAGCGCGACGUCGUCGCGCUCGACAAGGCCGACGGCAUCGCCGGCGAGUUUGACUGGCUCGUCACGCCCGGCGACAACGUGUUUGGCAGCGAAAAGUGGGAGGUCGCAGAGUUUGACCCGCGCGUCGCCGUCAAGACCAACUGGGGCGUCUGGGGCAUCCGCGGCAAGCGGUACGAGGUUCGGGGCGCGCAGCCGGACGAGGUGGACGCAUAGCACUGCAACGAGCUCUCUCUUUUCACCU